AUGACCUUUCCUGGUAGCCCCGACUCGGGGUCGGCAGCAGAGCAGGUUCAGAAGCCUCAGCAAGCAGCAAGCACUGCACAGGACGAGUCAAGCUCACAAAAUCGUGCUAACCACACAGAGCCAUCAUCAGGGUCGCACUUGGUGCUCGGAUGCAGCUUCCACAGCAAUGAAUCUCCUGUUUGGCGAGAAUUUCCUGACCCUUCAGGGGCUCGUUAUAAUCCUCCUGCCGCAACGCUCCCCCUUCCAUUUGAGCUGUACGGCCAGCCGUUUUAUAGAGGUUUUCAGUGGGAGAAGAAGGUUUAA